AUGGCUGACUCGGGACCUAGUAAGAGUGAUAUUGAAGCGAUUUUUCAAAGGUUACGAGCUAUUCCUUCAAAUAAAGUAUGUUUCGACUGCAAUGCCAAAAAUCCUACGUGGUCGUCGGUGACGUACGGUGUGUUCAUCUGUCUGGAUUGUUCAGCAGUGCAUCGCAGCCUGGGUGUGCAUCUCACUUUCGUACGCUCCACACAACUCGACACAAACUGGACAUGGAAGCAACUUAGAAACAUGCAGCUAGGGGGGAAUGUGAACGCGACUCAGUAUUUUCGCACCCAUGGCUUGGUGACUGAAGAUGCUCGUCAAAAAUAUAGCUCCCGUGUAGCACAAAUGUAUAGAGAUAAAUUAAAUGCUUUAUCUGAACAGGCCAUGAAAACAUAUGGAACUAAGCUCCACCUAGACCCAGCCCCAGUAGAAGUAAAGGAAAAAGAGAAGGAGUCGGUGGAGGUAGACUGGUUUGCGCAGCAUGGUGAAUCCCCUGCCACUAACACUAACCAGCCUAGCAUAACUGCACAGACAGUGGCAGGUGCUCCGGAGAGCCUGAGCUCGGAGGCGAGGCUGUGGGGCACCGCGCCGGCCACCGCCAACUCGCACAGCAAGCCAACCGCAAGGAGAUCUGGGUUGGGCGCUCGGAAAGGCGGGUUGGGUGCGACCAAAGUGGCAGCUAAUUUUGAGGACAUAGAGCGAGAAGCAAUCAUGGCAGAAAAACUAAAAAUGGAGGCUACGGAGGAGUCGGUGCGUGCAACGUUAGAGAGCGUGGAGCGCGAGGUGUCGCGGCUGCAUUUCGACGAGCCGCGCGCUGGCUUCGACCGCCUGGGCAUCGCCGCCGCGCGCUCGCACACGCACACGCACGGCAGCGGGGGCGUGUCCCACAGCGCGACGUCCGACAUGACCAGCAUCGACCAGGAGGACGCUGCACCGGCACGUGACCAGCUCGAGGACAUCGAUAACUUUAACUCCGUCUUCACCAUGAUCAGGAAUGAGCCGUACAGCAGCAGUCGUUUGUCGGAGAGCGAGAGGCGCGAGGAGCCCGGCUGGGAGCGAAUAGAACCGGAGCCGCCGCGUGUCGUACGCAACAUGUUCCACGCCGGAACUGGCUCUGGAACCGGAUCUGGAACCGGAUCCGGCACAGCCAGUCCCGGCGCCGGCACCGGCGGCCGCGCCCGCGCCGCCCGCACCCAGCCCGAAGACGACUCCGCCGUCAAGAAGUUCGGCGCCGCCAAGUCCAUCAGCUCCGCGCAGUUCUUCGGUGAACAUGAUUCUCGAUGGGAGCGCGACGCGAAUCUGACUCGGUUCCAGGGCAGCUCCAGCAUCUCGUCGGCGGAGUACUUCGGGGACGAGCGGCCGCCGCGGCAGAACUCCUUUACCGUUUCCGCACCCGAUCUGGACGAGGUGCGCGAGUCGGUGCGCGCGGGCGUGACGCGCGUCGCGGGCCGCCUAUCCUCGCUGGCCACCGGCGUCGUCUCCUCCAUACAGGAGCGCUACGGCUACUGA